CUGAGACAGUCACACCCGAGCAGCCUUCUCUUACCCAGGAAAAAUGAUUUCUCCUUAACUGGAGAUGAGUUUUAGCUACACUUUCUUUGGCCUGCAGUGGGGAAAGCAGCCCUUUGGGGAUCCCUGGUGAAGGAGGAGUCAGGCCAGCGGCAGGCCCACCCACCAGCGGCAGCCGCGUUAUUGAGGGACAAUGAACUGGAGUGUCUUCGAGGGACUGCUGAGCGGCGUCAACAAGUAUUCUACGGCUUUCGGCCGCAUCUGGCUGUCCCUGGUCUUCAUCUUCCGCGUGCUGGUCUACCUGGUGACCGCGGAGAAGGUGUGGAGCGAUGACCACAAGGACUUCGACUGCAACACGCGCCAGCCGGGCUGCUCCAACGUCUGCUACGAUCAAUUCUUCCCUGUCUCCCACGUCCGCCUGUGGGCCCUGCAGCUCAUCCUGGUCACGUGCCCCUCGCUGCUCGUAAUCAUGCAUGUGGCCUACCGGGAGACCCGGGAGCGGAGACACCUGGAGAAGGUGGGCGAAGGCGGCGGGCGCCUCUACCCGAACCCAGGCAAGAAGCGCGGAGGCCUCUGGUGGACCUAUGUCUGCAGUUUGGCCUUCAAGGCUGGUGUGGACUCAGCAUUCCUCUACGUGUUCUACCGCUUCUACCGCAACUACAUGCUCCCACACGUGGUCCUUUGCAGCGAGGACCCCUGCCCCCAUACUGUGGACUGCUUCAUCUCCAAGCCCACAGAGAAGAACAUUUUUACACUCUUCAUGGUGUCUACCGCCAUCAUCUGCAUCUUGCUCAACCUGGUAGAAUUGGGUUACUUGAUCAGCAAGAGGUGCUGGGAGUGCCGGAGGGGCAGGAGAAGGGAUGCCAAGAAGGACCUGCUGACUGGGGGUGACCUCAUCUUCCUGGGCACGGACCCCAAGCCACCCCUUCUGCCCUUUUCUCCUGAUUCCCCCCAAGACCAGGUGAAGAAAACCAUGGUAUGAAGAGUUGCCUGGACAAGAAGGCCACAUGCACUGGUGGGCACCAUGCAGCACUGGGCACAGAAUUAAAAGGGCAGGGCACUGAAUGAAGACCAAGGACCAAACUGGUGUGGAACCAAGGUUCCCCGUCUGGGUGCCAUAAAUUCCUUUGGGUGGGGAGACCCUCAGUGGUUCAUCUAGAAAGGCUACACUUAGUCCCUCCAGUAAAGGAGGCAUCACAGAUAGGGGGAAGGACGGUGAACUCGGCGAUGGUGACACUCUGCCAGUCUUCCCAUCAGGACGUCCUUUUGGGGAUCAAGCCUCCAUCCCCACUGCCCUACCCCAUUGCAACAUUAGCCUACAGUGUUACAUCCAAAGGAAAAUAGAGCAAUUGGACCCAUCCUUUCUGCCAUUAUGGGACGAGACACAGGCACCGUCAAGUGCUCCCACAGCCUUCACAGUCACACAUCCCUCAACCUAUUAUCCCCUUGGAACAGAGCCACACCAAGGCUCCCAUAGCUUGUUUACAGAAGGGAGGAAGUCAGACUCAAGACUGGCCACACUCCACCUGGAGUCAUUCCCUUCCGCCUCCCAAAAUUCCUUCUCUCCAGCAGUGCGAUGCCUCAGUGCCCUGCCUUGCCCUCUCGUUCCCACCCCCACCCCCCAGGCUUCACCUGCCCCGGGGACAGUUAGUGCCCUAUCCUACCCCGCAAUUGCUGGCUGUUCUAGUGAAUCAUUGAAUAUCAGAGCCGGAAGGGACCUGAAAGAUAAUGGAGCCCAACCCUACUCUAUGACGCUUGUCCUAUCCUUCCUCCACCCCAACUCGCAUUCCACCGACCUCCAUAAAGCCUGGUUAGAGGCAGGGUGGAAGGAUGGACCUCCUCAUUCUUCAGUGCUGCAGGAUUCCCCAGUCACUGUAUUAGUUUCCUAGUGAUGAACUCUCUGCUUCUUCUCCUUCCUAAUAGAUAAACUGCUUGAAUUUAGAACUCAAAUUUAAAAAAAAGUUAAAAAUUACAUGUA